GUCCGCAGCGCGUCGCGCCGCUCCUCCCGACGCGUCCGCACGCACCUCUUCGCCAAACUUCACCAAACAAAUCAACUCAAACAACGCCGUUCAAACUUCGCACCGCACUUGCUAAAACAGGCAAGCAUGCCAUCUUAAACUCGCUAUACUUUCCACGCAAACUUUAAAUUGGAUUUACGACGACUUUCGCGCGGCGGUUCGCGCGCGCCGAGGAUGAAAAGUGGUGUCUGCAUGACGACCGGAACAUACGUCGUGCUCGCGUGCUUAAUACUGAUCGGCGACGGGUCGGGAUUGGGCGCGAAACGCAUCUGCCACAAAAAGGAGGCGAACAACAAGACGACGCAUCACGAGGACUUCAAGUACUUGUACAACUAUUUGACGGGCACCGGCGCGCACAACUUCAGUGAGUCGGUGACGAUUGGCUUCCUUGGUGCGUACGGGCAGGCGCAAGUUGUGCUCGGCGCGCUUCCGCUUGCAAUUGAUGCUAUUAAUCAGAACGCAGAAUUGUUACCCGGAAGAAAAUUGUAUUAUGUGGCCGCUGAUAUUGGGACAAACCCCACCGCAUCGGGCCUCACGCGGAAGAAGUCAUCACUGGCGGCACGUGCCAUCCGCGCCAUGACCAAGAUGCGUGACAAUGGCACCAUUGCAUUCAUCGGACCAGAUGACACCUGUUCUUCGGAGGCUUUGGUGGCCGCUGCAUGGAACCUGCCUAUGAUAUCCUACAAGUGCAGCGAUACGCGCGUUUCCGAUAAGAGGGUGUUUUACACCUUUGCCCGGACGCUGCCGCCAUCGAGCAAGGUCUCCAAGAGUGUGGUGUCACUGCUGAUCGCGUUCGAUUGGCGUAAAUUUGUUGUUGUUUUUGGCUCGCAUCCAGCAUCAGGCGGCGAGGUAAAGGAAGCGAUUAAAGAAUUAUCGGAGGCGCACGGACUGAUUGUGACUGAUACGAAACAAUAUUCGGAUUACAUCCCGCGGCACAUCGAUCAGAUGGACCUCAUUGUCGGCGACACAUAUAAGAGGACGCGCGUAUACGUUUUCGUGGGCGAGCAUAUUGCUCUCGUGGACUUCGUCAAAUGUCUCCAGCGUCGCAAACUGUUAGAUUCCGGCGACUACGUUGUAAUAUCCGUCGAUGAUGAGAUAUAUGAUCCUAAUCGGCGAAUUAAAAUCAUUCAACGAGAUUACUUGGACCCGUUUCUGAGCGAAACUUGGGGCAACUUGAGCGACUACAUGGGCUUCCGAUCUGUGCUGAAGCUGACGCCGUCACAUCCACGAAAUCCGAGUUACAAAAAGCUAUGCCACGACAUUAAGCUGUCCUCGGCCCAACCGCCUUUUUGCGUGCCAUACCACAAGAAGAUUUUCGAGAGCAUCUCGGUGCCGAUACAGGCGGCUUACUUGUAUGACGCCGUGAUGAUAUACGCGCGGGCGCUGACCGAAAUGUUCGACAACAACGAAGAUCCCCGGAACGGCACCGCCAUCCUGCAGCGCAUCGUCAAUCGCUCCUACCAUUCCGUGCAGGGUUACGACGUGUUCAUUGAUGGCAAUGGAGACGCCGAGGGCAAUUUCACCGUCGUCGCGCUGCUGGACGAUCUGGAAAUGAACGGCACGCUGCGGAUGAGCAUGCAACCUGUUGGAUAUUUUCAAUAUAACGGCAGUAAUUCACCGCUAUCGAUUCCGGAGUUUAAAUAUUUAGACCUGGAUCGGCCGAUUCAGUGGGUCGGCGGCAAAUUGCCCCGAGCGGAGCCCGUCUGCGGCUUCAAGGACGAGAAGUGCAUCUACAAGACCGACUGGCGCGUCAUCGUCGGCAUCCUAUUUGUGUCCAUCAUUUUUUUGAUCGGCGGACUUUUCGUGCUCAAACAUUACCGAUACGAACAGAAACUCGCUUGUUUACUGUGGAAGAUCGACAUGAAGGACGUGACCAUUAUCCCGACGGAAACUACCGAGGCUACUACAAAGAAUAUGAUUCAGGUUUGUCGCCAUAGCGUCUUCCAAGCACCGACCGGAAGCAUCGCGGAAAUAUCGGACACGAGUCCGAAACGUGCCUACACUCGGAUUGGUCUCUACAAAGGCAACAUCGUGGCGAUCAAGCGCAUCAACAAGAAAAGCGUCGAUUUAACGCGUUCGAUCCGAAAGGAACUGAAGCAGAUCAGAGAAGUGCGACAUGAAAAUCUGAUCCCAUUCAUUGGUGCUUGCGUGGAUCAUGGCCAGGUCGCCAUUUUAACUGCGUACUGCGCGCGUGGGAGUCUUGAAGAUGUCUUGGCCAACGAAGAUUUGCAUCUGGACAAUAUGUUUGUCUCUUCCCUUGUUGCAGAUAUAUUGAAGGGCAUGAUUUACCUUCACGACAGUGUAAUUAUCUGUCAUGGCAAUCUUCGUUCUUCAAACUGCCUCAUCGACAGCCGGUGGGUACUCCAGAUCACAGAUUUUGGUUUAACUGAGUUCCGGGCUGGUGAGGCGGACGAACCAGCGACGAAUGAUGCUAGAGGCAAUAGUAAGUCCCUCCAGCGCAGUCUCUAUCGUGCACCGGAGUUGUUACGUGAUACAACCUCGCUGUCGUCUCGAGGUACGCAGAAAGGUGAUGUAUAUGCGUUCGGUCUUGUACUUUAUGAAAUAAUCGGGCGUUCUGGCCCAUGGGGAGGCUCGAGUCUCACCCCGACUGAAAUAAUAGCCGAAGUAAAGAAGGUCCAAACAGUGCCGUUCCGUCCAGACUUAGAACGCCUUGGCGCUCUUGAUUAUAUCACUAAGUGUGUGAAAAUGUGUUGGCACGAGGAGCCAGACCAACGACCUGAUAUUCGGUACUGCAGAGUCAUUCUUAAGGAAAUGCAGGCUGGUCUAAAACCAAACAUUUUCGACAAUAUGUUGGCGAUCAUGGAAAAAUACGCGUACAAUUUGGAAGGAUUAGUCCAGGAAAGAACCAAUCAACUCACUGAAGAGAAGAAAAAAACUGACGCAUUGUUGCACAGGAUGUUACCAAAAACUGUUGCAGAUGCAUUAAAGCGCGGUAAUCGAGUGGAAGCGGAGAGUUUCGAUUGUGUGACGAUAUACUUCAGCGACAUCGUGGGCUUUACCGAAUUAUCAGCAGUCAGCACACCGUUGCAAGUCAUUGAUUUGUUGAACGAACUCUACACCUGUUUCGAUUCAAUCAUAUCACAUUACGACGUAUACAAGGUGGAAACGAUUGGAGAUGCUUACAUGGUGGUUAGUGGUUUGCCAAUUCGUAAUGAAAAUCGCCAUGCCGGCGAAAUCGCCUCAAUGGCAUUACACCUACUGAGCAAGAUAAAAAAGUUCGAAAUUAAGCAUCGCAGCGGCGAAUUGCUGCAGUUACGCAUCGGAAUUCAUUCGGGGCAUUGUGUUGCGGGUGUCGUGGGGCUGAAGAUGCCACGUUACUGUUUAUUCGGUGACACGGUGAACACGGCCUCGCGCAUGGAGAGCAGUGGCGAAUCGUUCCGCAUCCACAUCUCGCAGGCGACGUAUAUGCUCCUGCAACGCCUGGGCGGCUAUCGAUUCGAAGAACGCGGUCUGAUUCCCAUUAAGGGCAAGGGCGAGAUGCGAACGUAUUGGUUAAUCGACGAGGAUCCCGCGCAGCGCUUAGCGCGGAUCAAGAAUGAAAUGCUGGGCAGUUCGCUGUUCAGCAGCAUCAGCUCGGACCAUCUCAGCGAGACACCGGACUUGAUUCGAAGGCCCGGCCCCGGCAUUCCGCCCAUCUGCUCUUUGAUGGAGCUGCACGAACGUGCCCGUAAACUUUGCUCCUCGGUACAACUGUCACCAACGAAGGUUGGGCAAUAUCAAAGGCGAUCAACCCCACGUGACCUUUCCCUUAGCAGGGGCAAUAAAUCUGCUCCGACUGUCACCUUUCGAAUGGACUAUAAUUUGUAAUCCGAGCCGUCUCAAUCAUUAAUUUUAAACACCCCCAGUUUGCUCAGCAAAUAAAUUGUCCGACAUUGCGGUAUUACUCAAUUCUGAGCAAAUGCGAGCAAUGCCUAAGACUGUCAACCACGAUGAAUAUUAUACCUGGUAUUCAUGGUAACCGAGUGUGUUGUCAAUAAUCUUGCCAUUCCUGACAUUCCAUAUAAUUGUGAUCAAUGUUGAAAUAUUUAUCUACAUGUACAAUAUUCUGAAUGCACCUGGAAAAUAUACUUUCACGUGAUGCAAACUUCUAAUCAAUUUUUAUAAUGAAAAUGAUCUGCAGAAAAUGUUGCCGGAGUUUAAGACCAAUUAAACAAACCGGAUACUUUUAUGGUCAAGCACUAAUUGUGAUUGGAGUUUUGGGGCUGACGUGGUUCCUGUACACCAACGAGUUGGAAUACAACGAUAUUAUUCACUACGAUCCAAUAUGUAAAUUCAAAUUUGUAUCAAACAACGUUAAGACAUUAAAGACCAGCCCCAAAUUGUACACUUGUCCAAAGACCGGAAUACAACUGGUUGGUCAUCGCUUCAACUAUAUUUACAUCAAGAACAUUGAUAUUGUAGAAGCAUAUGAUCUCAAAUGUUACUACAAAGAUAAUCAGGGAUCAAAAUGGACGUUGUUUUCGCUGCCUACGGUUGUAUACAGUAAAUUAGUAUAUGUCCAAUGCUUUAGAAAUGAUCAAGUCAUAUAUAAGGAUGUAUUCCCUCUCAUUCAAAAAGUUCCUAAUGAGCAAAAUGUGCAUCAGUCAAAGAGAAGCGCAAGAAUGAAUAUUAUAAUCAUUACCUUAAAAAGUGUGUCUGCAAAAGCGUUUCGCAGACGAAUGCCACUAACGAGAAACAUUUUUGAAGCACGAUGGGGAGUUAUGUUCAAUAAUCUUCUAUCAAAAGGCAUGCAUUCCAUUGAUAGCUUCACAUCACUAUUCCGAAAUUGCUCGUUAAGGUUGGAAGGGAAUUGUGAUGAACGUCGGAAAUAUCUGUGGGAGCUGUUUCAGAGCGCUGGGUAUUCGACCGUUUAUUUAGAAGAUUCUUGUCAUAAUGCUGUAUUCAAGAAACAACUCCCUGGUUUAGAUUAUCAGUGGACCGACAAUGUGGCCAUUGAAGACUACGGCAACAACUGGGUUAAUAAUCAACCCUAUUGUAUCCAGAACCGGAAAUACCAUCAGAUCCUUCAGAAGUUACUCAUUGAGUUCAUACAAACAAGAAGAAAACUAUUUCUAUGGUUAUCACUCAGUUUUAGCAGUACAAAUGAGAAAGAUCUUUCAAUUCUCGAUAGAGACAUGGACAACUUAUUUGCAAGUUUAAGUCGGCACGGAUUGAAUAGGUCCGCGGUGUUGCUGGUCAGUGAUCAGGGUCGUGUCACCGGUGAAGAUACAGACGUGCUUCGCCAUUAUGCAGAGCGAUUCAACCCGAUUGCGUAUUUAAUGCUUCCAACUCACUUUAAUACUGUUUAUCCACUCGUACACGAACAGAUUGUUGGCUUGAGUACAAAUCUCAUCAACCACAAUGUUCUCUACAGUUUAGUUGAAUCAUUUGCUACGCUAAACAAUGUCAAGCCUAACUUUUACGAGAAUAUUAGGACAAAAUAUCAGCCAGCGCGUAAUGAUAAGGUUCACGGAAAGUGUCCCACGGAUUUUCCGACGGAACUCUGCCCGUGCAAGCGGACGAGCCUCGAGAUUUCAGCGUUCGCCGAACGCCUCGUUGAUUACACGCUGGCAAGGAUUAAUGAUUACUUCGUCGCUGCUAAUUACUCGCCGUAUUGCUCGAAACUGAUGCGUGCGAAGGUCCGCCGCGUGUCAUUCAUCGACUCGUUGAGCGUGUAUAAAAUACGAUUUUCUGUGUUCGCGCGGGGUGAGUAUCGAAGCAUGGACGUUUUUGAGGCGUACGUUCAGGUGACCAACCGACGGCCAGGACAAUGGAAAUGUUACCGGUUGACGUACAGGGAGCAGGAUGCACAGAGGCACUGCUUACGGGGUGUUGAAAUCCAUCGUACAAUGAAGCCGCUCUGCUUUUGUGAAUAAAAUCUUUUGCUGCCAAAGGAUUACAGGAGUUAAUGGUGUGCGAAUGACUCAAUAAUGGAACUUUACUAUUAUAGGGUGUGAACUUUAAGUAAUAAAAAGGGCCGAAAACAAA